ACCCUGGAUGUUUUGACCAAAUGUAGCGUUACUUGCUUUAUUCGUGAUUAAUGUAUUUUUACUUGAUUUUACAGAUAAUGUAACUUGUAAUUGUUGCAAUAAUUCGACAUUGCAGCCAUGUUGCUUCCGUCUGACAUAGCGCGGCUCGUUUUAGGAUACAUGCAACAAGAGGGACUGUGUUCUACAAGCCAGGCAUUCAUUCGUGAAAGCCCCAAUUUGAAGGAGUACGCAGAACACAGCUCAGAUGAUGCAACUAUUCCUGCUUGUGUGUUUUCCCUCUUUGGGAAAAACCUGACAACUAUUUUGAAUGAGUAUGUUGCUGUCAAAGCUAAAGAGACGAUUGAAGAGACUCAGAUACCUGUCAUGAUGACAUCAUUGUGGAAAAAGCUUGAUUUCACACUCAAUCAAAUAAAGUCUAUGCAAAACUCCCCAGCUAUUAUCCAGAAUCAAAGACUCCGCACACGUAAUGGGAUCGUGAACAUGAGGGGGCGACAGAGAGCCUUGUCAUCAACGCAGUCCCCCAGCUCUGGGUUUCUGUCAUCGUCGGCCCAGGGCAUCGCCACCCCAGUCUGCUACAGCUCCCAGCAGAACAGACCCUCCCCCAUCUGCGGCACACAGCCCCAGAUCCAAGAUGGAGGACAUCUGCUCAUUAAUGUGAACCGGGAGUCACCUUUGCAAAUAACGGUUCCAGACAACCGGUUAACCACAGGACCAUUAUCCCCAGGGCGUCGGAAAUGGAGGAGAGGUGGGGGCUCCGGUGGGACUGGAAGAGCCAACAUGGCGGCCAGUAGCCUGACAGCAGAGCCCCAGAGUGAAGAGGCAGUCACAGAGAAUUUCCCUCAAAUGUUGAUACAAAAUGCAAGAGAGAGGAUUCUAAAUGACAAGUCCUUACAAGAGAAGCUUGCUGAAAACAUCAACAAAAUUCUAGCAAGUGAUGUCAGUCCUCAGGCUUUAAAGGCAUCAUGCAGCACCAUGGAGCCUGACCAGUCAAUAGAUGAAAUUCUGGGCCUGCAGGGGGAGAUUCAUAUGUCUAAUGAUGUUAUACAAGACAUCUUGGAGCAGACAGAGUCCGACCCAGCCUUCCAGGCUCUUUUUGACCUCUUUGAUUACGGCAAAAGCAAAACCAGUGAGGAUACUGAACAAGGAGCUGGGAACGUGAGCAAUACCACCACAGAGCAUGGUGAGACUGAGACUAGAUGUAUUGACGGCUCUCCUGAGACUGGAGACCCAGGCACUGGGCCUGAAAACUCGACAUGUGGACAAGAAAAUAGAGUAACAAAGUCCAGUCAAGAGCCCAAGCGUAAGAAAACAAGGAAAUCUGCACCUCCUGUUUCAAGCACUUCAAAGGCAACUCCUGGACCCAGUAGCAGAGGGUUGAGAAGGGGAGCUAUCUCAACAACUCCUGGACUCAGUAGCAGAGGGUUGAGAAAUGGAGCUAGCUCAACAACUCCUGGAUCCAGUAGCAAAGGGGUGAAAAAGGGAGAUAUUGCAACUCGACCCUCAGCACGUAUUGAUCAACUUACCGUCGCUGCUUCAUCUGCCGCAAAGGACUCUGAUAGGGUUGACUCAGGCUCCAUCUUUAAUCCGGAUGUAUCAGGCGUGGAUAUAGACGAACCUCUCAAUACCCCCCUUGACAGUAUAGCUCCGCCAGAUGUCUUUGAGCCAGUCAGACAGGAGAGUGGAACAAUUCGUCCGGCGUCAGCAUGCAACACACCUUCAUCUGAAACCAGGACGGUCUCUGCUGUGAAAAACAUAUUAGGCAAUGAGAACACAGUGGGGGCUGAUGGUAGACAAGUGAUGGAUAACCAAGCUUCACUUCUUAACUCCUCACCUUCCCUGUCCAAUUCCAUGCCAAUGCUGGAUCAGUCAAACAAGGCUCCCAUACAGGCCUCUAACCUGCCUCAUAGGAAUAUUACCCCUCCCAGCAGUGUAGGAAUUUCACAACCUCUACCACAGACCAUACACUCUAUGGCUGUCCCCUCAGUUACAACAACUCCUGCUGCCCCAACCUUCAUCCCAAACCCCAACCCUACAGGCAAGGAAGUAGACCCCAGUAAGAUUGUUGCCCUGAAGAUCAUAAUCAGCGAUGAGCAGGAGGAGCCCUCCAGUGACUCUGCCCUGAACCAGGCUGUGUCCAGCAUCACUGGGGAUAGGAUCCCCACCAUCUUCCUCUCCUCUCCCACCAAGUCACCUGCUAAGGCCCCGGCCCUCAGUGGAGCCCCAAUGGCUCAGGAGGAGACUGUGCAGGCAGUGAGCAGCUUACAGAGGGCAGAAGUCCUCCUGCCAGCAGAGACCAAUCCUCUUAGUGGGAAAGCAGGGGAUGUGGCAGCAUUGGCAGGGACGUCAUCUGCGUUGACACAGCCUGGCUACUACAUUCAGCUGCCCUUUGAUUCAGCCACAUCCACCAACAGCUACAUCUUAGUGACAGACACAUCAGCUACAGACCCCCAGUCCAACAAGGUGAUAUUACCCAGUGGCGCCCCACAGGUACAGACUGUACCCCCUACCUCAUAUACUCUGGCCACUCCACCCUGCUAUUCCCCUGGAUCUAGACUCAUCAUAUCUUCACCAGUUCAGCCCAUGCUGCAAAGCAUGGUGGUUCCUGUAUCUGUUGUUGGGCAGAACAAUGCAACACAGUUCUCAGUAGUUCCUAAUCAGUUGAUAGCCAUGCCUAGCCCUGCUUCAGCAAAGCAGCCAGCAGCAGUGAAUACCGACCCUAAACUGGCUCCCAAGGACACCACGGUCUCAGGAAAAACGGGAGCUUCUGGAUCGAAUAUAGUUACAAAGCAGGUCCACCCGCAAUCCUCUGAAAGCACAGGGCAGCAGAAGGGAGCAGUUGGCUCGAGCCCCAGCCAUAGGAGGAUGCUUUGCUUUGAUGGGUCUGCUGGUGAAACUUCCACCUCCAAAGCUACAGCUACUGCUGUAUUGCCUGUCCAACAGGUGGAGAAAGAGAUACCUAAAUCUGCCUCUGCUAUCUUGGGGAGCAGCAGGCCAAAAAGGAGAAUAGAAACUGUAAGAUGUACAGACAACACUCAGACAUCAUGGACCGGAACAGAGAUGGAGAAAUCCUCCACUGUCCAAAAGCAGAAAGAAGCUGUGAAAAAGACCCCUUCAAAGAGGGACGCAAAUCAAAAUGCUAGAGGUCAAAGUGCAAGUACCAGUAGAUCUCAGAGUGCUGGUAGCAGUAGGACUGAUGCUUCACAGUCAGAGUCCAGGAAGAGAUCUCAAUCAGCAGACAAGAAGGAUGAUGGUGGAGCAGGACCUAAGGAUGCCCAGAGCUCCAGGUCCUCUUCCUCUGAUCACAGACUGAGAUCAGGGAGCAGGAAAGAGAAAGACGCAUAUAGACAAGAGCCUACUGAGAAAUCUCCUGCCAAGGAGCGGGAGGGACGGACAGAGAAAAGGGCAUCUUCUCAGGAUCCCCCUCGUGUCACUGCCAAUAAGGAGAAUGAGCUGGAGGGGGGAAGGCGAGAGCAGCAGCCCACACCAGCACCAAGAGCAUUCAGCCCGGCCCCCCAAACCCCUGUCCCCCAGGCUUGCUCCAGCAAAUUCCCCUCCAAGACCAGCCCACUGACCAAGCAGGCAGCUGAAAUGCUCCACAACAUCCAGGGUCUAAACCCUCCCUCCACCCCUCCUAAGAAGCCUGGCAUGGGCUGUCUGGAGCUGCCUCUUCCUCGGACCCCUGGCCGUCUCCAGGAGUCUCUAUACUGCCCCAACCCUGCACGUCAGAAGCUAGACAGAAACGGAGAGGGCACCCCCAGGCACCUGGUCCCUCCCACCACCCCAGACCUUCCCUCCUGCAGCCCAGCCAGCGAAGCAGGGAGUGAAAACAGCAUCAACAUGGCGGCUCACACACUGAUGAUCCUAUCCCGAGCCGCCAUUGCCAGGACAGGCACCCCACUGAAAGACAGCUUGCGCCAGGAGGGGGCUGGAGCAGUGACCCCUGUAGCCUUCAAGAGCAAGAAGCGCAAGCAGCCUGAGUCCCUGGCCAGCCCGCCAGCAAAGAAAGAUAUCUCAGGUUCAUCUGGCAGUACGAAGAAAGCAAAGAAACAGCAGAAACUAAUGGAUUCCUUCCCCGAUGACUUGGAUGUGGAUAAGUUCCUGUCUUCACUGCAUUAUGAUGAGUGAUGGGUUGAGUUAUAGCAGUUGGACAAUGAGAUGAGAAUCUCCCAAACACUACCUACCUACUCUCCAGGAAUUGAACAAGCCAUAAUUUACUGCCACAGUGCCUAUGGUUAAAUCAUAGGUGUUAGGCACCUGUGGCCUAGUGGAGCAUGUCCUCAGCUAUUAUUUUUUCUUCGUUGGUAUGCCUGCUUGUAGGGUUUGUCCUACAUCCUUUGGCGUAACAACUAAUUAUACAUGUGAUGUAUAUACUGUAUAGACAUUAUUGCAGAAAUGCUAGAUUGAGAGCACUUUGGUUCCAUUCAAGGACUGUAAUGUUAAGAAUGGUUUCCCAAUCUUGUAUUAAUAAUUUCAAGAAUUCAACCCUUUUUCAAUAUUUCACUGUGUCUAAACUUUAAAUGAUCCACCCAACACACUAUGGCUGUGGUUAGAUAGGCAGCACAAUUCUGAUCUUUAUUUCACUAAUUGGUAUUUUGACCAGAUCAGAUGUGAAAAAUAUUGGUCAAAAAGACCAAUUAGUGGGAAAAAAUAUCAGAAUUGGGCUGCGUGGUGUGUGUGUGUAAAAUACAUUUGUGCAGAUGUUUUCUUUACUAGUGAUUUUAAAUUAAAUCUUGUUUUAGAAAAA